AUGUGGCUGAUUUUGUUCCUCAUAAUAACUUGUUUCCAUGUUUCUGUGAACCAAGAUUCUGGCCCUGAGUAUGCAGAUGUGGUGUUUCUGGUGGACAGCUCUGAUCACCUGGGAGUUAAGGCCUUCCCAUUUGUGAAAUUUUUCAUCAAUAAAAUGAUCAACAGUCUCCCUAUCGAGGCCAACAAGUAUCGUGUGGCCCUGGCCCAGUACAGUGACAUGCUCCACAAUGAAUUCAACCUGAAUACCUUCAGGAGCAGGAACCCCAUGCUGAACCAUCUCAAGAAGAACUUUGGGUUCCUUGGCGGAUCCCUGAGGAUAGGAAACGCUCUUCGGGAGGCUCACAGGAUCUACUUCUCUGCACCUUCUGAUGAAAGAGACAGGAAACUGUUUCCUCCUAUUUUGGUGGUCCUGGCUUCAGCAGAAUCUGAGGAUGAUGUGGAAGAGGCUUCGAAGGCCCUGCGGGAAGAUGGGGUGAAAAUCAUCUCUGUGGGGAUGCAGAAGGCUUCCAAGGAAAACCUGAAGGCCAUGGCCACAUCUCAGUUUCACUUCAACCUUCGGACGGUCAGAGACCUCAGCAUGUUCUCCCCAAACAUGACACAGAUCAUCAAGGAUGCAACCAAGUACAGAGAAGGAACGGUCAAUGAUCGCCUCGUAGAAGUGUGCCAAGGCCCUUCUGUGGCUGACGUUGUGUUCCUGUUGGAUGUAGCCAUCAAUGGCAGCCAGGAGAACUUCGACUACCUUAAAGCAUUCCUGGAAGAAAGUGUCUCUGCCCUUGACAUCAAGGAGAACUGCAUGAGGGUUGGCCUUGUGGCCUACAGCAAUGAGACCAAAGUGAUCAGUUCACUGAGCAGAGGCGUCAAUAAGUCAGAGGUUCUCCAGCGUAUACAGAGCCUGUCUCCCCGGGCCGGGCAGGCCUACACAGGGGCUGCCAUCAGGAAGAUCAGAAAGGAAGUCUUCAGUGCACAGAAAGGCAGUCGGAAAAAUCAGGGUGUGUCCCAGAUCGCGGUGCUGGUGACCCACAGAGCUUCGGAAGAUAACGUGACCAAGGCAGCAGUUAACCUCCGGCGCGAGGGUGUGACCAUCUUCACCAUGGGCAUCGAAGGCGCCAGCAGGACCCAGCUGCAAAAGGUAGCAUCUCACCCUGCCGAGCAGUAUGUCUCCAUGUUGAGCAAUUUCUCUGAUCUGGCUGCCCACAACCAGACGUUCCUGAAGAAGCUUCGGAACCAGAUAACACACACCGUCUCUGUCUUGUCAGAGCGCACGGAAACCCUCAAAUCGGCAUGUGUGGACACAGAGGAAGCAGACAUCUAUCUGCUCAUUGACGGCUCCGGGAGCACACAGGCCACAGACUUUCAAGAGAUGAAGACCUUCCUGUCGGAGGUGGUAGGGAUGUUCAACAUCGCCCCCCAUAAGGUGCGCGUGGGGGCUGUUCAGUACGCCGACAGCUGGGACUUGGAAUUUGAGAUCAAUAAGUACUCCAACAAGCACGAUUUGGGAAAGGCCAUAGAGAACAUCAGGCAGAUGGGUGGGAACACAAACACGGGCGCAGCCCUGAAUUUCACACUGAAGUUGUUGCAAAAAGCAAAGAAGCAGCGGGGAAACAAAGUGCCUUGCCACCUCGUCAUUUUGACAAAUGGCAUGUCCAAGGAUAGCAUCUUAGAGCCUGCCAACAGACUGAGAGAGGAGAACAUCCGUGUCUAUGCCAUUGGGGUCAAGGAGGCCAACCAAACACAGCUACGAGAAAUCGCAGGAGAGGAGAAGAGGGUGUACUACGUGCACGACUUUGAUGCGUUGAAAGACAUAAGGAACCAAGUUGUCCAAGAAAUCUGUGCUGAAGAAGCCUGCAAGGACAUGAAAGCUGACAUCAUGUUUUUGGUGGACAGCUCUGGCAGCAUAGGACCUGAAAACUUCCAGAAAAUGAAAAUAUUUAUGAAAAACCUGGUGAGCAAAUCUCAGAUUGGGGCAGAUCGGGUGCAAAUCGGCGUAGUGCAGUUCAGUGACAUCAAUAAGGAGGAGUUUCAGCUCAACAGGUUCACUACCCAAAGCGACAUUUCAAAUGCAAUAGACCAAAUGGCUCACAUUGGAGAAACUACCUUGACUGGUGGCGCCCUGACCUUCGUGUCUCAGUACUUCAGCCCCGCCAAGGGGGCCCGGCCCAACGUCAGGAAGUUUCUCAUCCUCAUCACAGAUGGUGAAGCUCAGGACAUAGUAAAGGACCCAGCAGUCGCCCUCCGGCAAGAAGGCAUCAUUAUCUACUCUGUGGGAGUAUUUGGCUCCAAUGUCACCCAGCUCGAGGAGAUCAGUGGGAGGCCAGAGAUGGUUUUUUAUGUUGAGAAUUUUGACAUUCUGCAGCACAUUGAAGAUGAUCUUGUUUUGGGAAUAUGCAGUCCCCAUGAAGAAUGCAAGCGGAUUGAAAUUCUGGAUGUUGUGUUUGUGAUCGAUAGCUCUGGCAGCAUUGAUUACGAUGAAUACAAUAUCAUGAAGGACUUCAUGAUUGGCUUAGUGAAAAAAGCUGAUGUUGGAAAGAACCAGGUCCGGUUUGGAGCCCUGAAGUAUGCUGAUGACCCAGAGGUACUGUUUUAUCUGGGUGAUCUUGGCACAAAAUUGGAGGUGAUUUCAGUGCUCCAGAAUGACCAGCCCAUGGGGGGCAACACUUACACAGCGGAGGCACUAGCCUUCUCAGACCACAUGUUCACUGAAGCCAGGGGCAGCCGCCUGCACAAGGGGGUCCCCCAAGUCCUCAUCGUGAUCACCGAUGGGGAAUCUCACGAUGCUGAUAAACUCAAUGCCACUGCGAAGGCCUUGCGGGACAAAGGCAUUCUCGUCCUGGCUGUGGGCAUUGCUGGUGCCAAUCCUGUGGAGCUGUUAGCUAUGGCAGGAUCAAGAGAUAAGUACUACUUUGUGGAGACUUUUGGAGGCCUGAAGGGUAUCUUUUCAGAUGUCUCAGCCAGUGUCUGUAACUCUUCAAAAGUUGAUUGUGAAAUUGAAAAAGUAGAUCUUGUUUUUCUCAUGGAUGGUUCAAAUAGCAUUCACCCAAGUGACUUCAAGAAGAUGAAGGAAUUUUUAGCAUCUAUUGUUCAAGACUUUGAUGUUAGCCUCAACAGAGUGCGCAUAGGAGCCGCCCAGUUUAGCCAUACCUACAGGCCAGAGUUUCUACUAGGAACAUUCACCGGUGAAAAGGAGAUAUCGUUUCAGAUUGAAAACAUCCAGCAGAUCUUUGGAUACACACACAUUGGCGCUGCACUCCGGGAGGUGGGGCAUUACUUUAGGCCAGACAUGGGCAGUAGGAUCAAUGCAGGUACCCCGCAGGUGUUGCUGGUCCUCACAGAUGGCCAGUCCCAAGACGAAGUGGCUCAGGCUGCUGAAGAGUUGAGACGCAAAGGUGUUGACAUCUACUCGGUGGGCAUCGGAGAUGUGGAUGAUCAGCAGCUCGUUCAGAUUACUGGGACUGCACAAAAAAAGUUGACAGUUCAUAACUUUGAUGAACUGAAAAAAGUCAAAAAAAGGAUUGUUCGCAACAUCUGCACCUCGGGGGGUGAGAGCAAUUGUUUUGUGGAUAUUGUGGUUGGAUUUGACAUCUCAACUCAGCUGAAAGGGCAGACUUUUCUGGAAGGCCAGCCUUGGAUGGAAACCUAUCUUCAAGACCUCUUACGUGCCAUCAGCUCCCUCAACGGGGUAAGCUGUGAGGUGGGCACUGAGACUCAGGUCAGUGUGGCUUUCCAAGUGACAAAUGCCAUGGAAAAACAUUUUCCCAAGUUUGAGAUCUACAGCGAAAACAUCCUGAACAGCUUGAAGGGGGUGACAGUUAAAGGCCCGUCUCUUCUCAACGCAAACCUCUUGAGUUCCCUGUGGGACGCGUUCCAGAAUAAGUCAGCGACUCGGGGAAAGGUGGCCCUUUUAUUUUCAGAUGGAUUGGACGACGAUGUUGAAAAACUUGAACAAAAAUCAGAUGAACUUAGAAAAGAAGGCCUGAAUGCACUCAUAACCGUGGCUCUGGAUGGAGCUGCCUAUUCAAGUGACCUGGCUGAUCUCCUCUACAUUGAAUUUGGGAAAGGAUUUGAGUACAGGACACAGUUCACUAUUGGCAUGAGGGAUCUUGGGAGUCGGCUGUCAAAGCAGCUGGUCAAUGUUGCCGAAAGGACUUGUUGCUGUUUGUUCUGCAAGUGCAUCGGAGGGGAUGGCACAACGGGAGAUCCCGGUCCACCAGGGAAAAAGGGACCCUCGGGUAUUAAGGGCAGUGAAGGCUACUUGGGGGAGGAGGGCAUUGCCGGAGAAAGAGGAGCCCCUGGACCAGUGGGAGAGCAAGGUACUAAGGGAUGCUACGGCACCAAAGGUCCUAAGGGAAGCAGAGGACUAAAUGGACAGGAGGGAGAAGUUGGGGAAAGUGGAAUUGAUGGGUUAAAUGGAGAACAGGGGGACAGUGGUCUUCCUGGAAGAAAAGGAGAAAAGGGAGAUGAGGGAUCCCAGGGAAGCCCAGGAAAGAGAGGCGCUUCUGGUGACCGUGGACCAAAGGGCCUUCGAGGAGAUCCGGGAAUUCCUGGAUUUGACAUUUACAUAGAAGGACCCAAGGGCUUGAAAGGAGAACGUGGAAGACAAGGUAGAAGAGGCUGGCCAGGACCCCCUGGAACACCAGGCUCCAGAAGAAAGACAGCAUCUCAUGGCCGAAGAGGACAUACAGGCCCACAGGGAAAAACAGGCAUUCCAGGCCCAGAUGGACUUGAAGGCUCCUGGGGACUUAAGGGCCCUCAGGGCCCAAGAGGAGAGGCUGGUGCAAAAGGAGAAAAAGGAGGCCUGGGAAUGAAAGGCCCUCAGGGGCCUCCAGGACCCGAAGGAGAAGCAGGCAACCAAGGACGUUUGGGAAGCCAAGGAAAUAAAGGAGAGCCUGGAGAUGUAGGAGAAAAAGGAGCUAUUGGCUUUCCUGGUCCUCGAGGCUUGCAGGGUGAUGAUGGCAGUCCAGGUUAUGGUAGUGUUGGACGUAAAGGAGCAAAGGGACAAGAAGGAUUCCCUGGAGAGAGUGGACCUAAGGGUGAGACGGGGGUCCCUGGGAGUCCAGGAGAGACUGGACCCAAAGGAUCCAGAGGUAUAACGAUAUCUGCUGGACUUCCAGGAGAGCCAGGAGCCCCUGGGGAGACAGGACCCCCUGGACGCAAGGGCGUGAAAGGGGCCAAAGGAUUGGCUUCAUUUUCAACAUGUGACCUCAUUCAAUAUGUGCGGGACCACAGUCCGGGUGGACAUGGAAAACCUGAAUGCCCCGUGCAUCCAACCGAGCUGGUGUUUGCCUUGGACCAGUCCCGGGAUGUCACGGAGGAGGAGUUCCAGCGGAUGAAGGGGAUAGUGGCCUCCCUGGUGAGAGACGUGAAGGUCCGGGAGAACCACUGCCCCGUGGGGGCGCGCGUCGCCGUCCUCUCCUACGACUCGCACGCCAGGCACCUGGUGCGCCUCUCGGACACCUACCGGAAGGACCAGCUUCUCAGGGAAAUCGAAGCUGUGCCUUACGAGAGAUCCUCAGAGGGCAGGGAGAUGGGCAAGGCCAUGAGGUUCAUUUCCAGGAACGUCUUCAAGCGGACCCUUCCCGGGACUUCCACGAGAAGAAUCGCCACGUUCUUCAGCAGCGGUCCGUCGGCCGAUGCCCCGUCCAUCGCCGCGGCCACCAUGGAAUUCAGCGCCCUGGACGUCAUUCCCGUGGUGAUCGCCUUCAGCAACGUGCCCUCCGUCAAACGCGCGUUUGCGAUUGAUGACACUGGCACAUUCCAAGUCAUAGUGAUUCCCUCCGGGACUGAGGAUACACCAGCAUUAGAGAGACUCCAGCGGUGCACUUUCUGCCAUGAUAUCUGCAAGCCUGACGCUUCUUGUGACCAAGACAGACCACCCCCUGUACAGUCUUACAUGGAUGCUGCUUUCCUGCUAGAUGGCUCCCGGAAUGUGGGACAUGCUGAAUUUGAAGACAUAAGAAGCUUCCUGGGGACCCUGCUAGAUCACUUUGAAAUCACCCCAGAGCCAGAGACCUCCAUCACUGGAGACCGGGUGGCCCUACUGAGUCAUGCCCCCCCUGACUUCCUACCCAACACUCAGAGGAGUCCUGUUAGAACUGAGUUCAACCUUACGACCUAUAGCAGUAAACGCCUCAUGAAGAGGCACGUGGAACAAUCAGUUCAACAGCUAAAUGGAGAUGCUUUUAUUGGUCAUGCCUUACGGUGGACUCUGGACAAUGUCUUUUUAACCACACCCAAUCUGAGAAGAAACAAAGUCAUAUUUGUGAUAUCUGCUGGGGAAACCAGCUACUUGGAUGGGGAAACCUUAAAGAAAGAGUCCUUGAGAGCCAAAUGUCAGGGCUAUGCCCUAUUUGUGCUUUCCCUUGGCCCUUCAUGGAAUGACAAGGAACUGGAAGAUCUAGCCAGCCACCCUUUGGACCACCACUUGAUCCAGCUGGGCCGAAUUCAGAAACCUGAGCACAGAUAUGGUGUGAAGUUUGUGAAGUCCUUUAUAAACUCAGUCAGGCGUGCAAUCAACAAAUAUCCACCAGUAAACAUGAAAACAAAGUGCAACCGUCUCAGCUCUACAGACCCAAAGCAGCCCCUGUGGCAGUUCCGAAGCUUUGUUCCUGGACCACAGAAAACUGUCCUCAAAGAGGAUGCAUUACAGCGGACAAAAUUCUUCCAAGAUAAGAAAUAUCUUUCAAGAGUAGUGAGAGGUGGCAGAGAUGAUGCUAUUUGGAGUUUUCCCAGGAACACAUCCCAUACUUCUAAAACUGGAAGGAGAAUGACAAAACCUACUCCCAAAAGAUAA